UACACAACUUAAUCAUCCUUGUGGCUUGCCAUGCGCGACGGCUUGUCUCGCGAUGUCUUGGGCGAAGGUGCACGAAACAGAGGCCGCUGGGCAAAGCGGCUACCCGGAACCAAUCAACGAUCGAAACAGAGUGAUGCCAGAAACGAAAGCGCUCUGCACCACGACGCAAGCAAUCCAGACCAGUAACGGCCUCACCGCUUCGAGGUUAACGGCUUCCCAGCUUCCUGGUGCUGGGGAUCAAGUGGAUAAGCUUGGUGGCUUUGCCGCUGGGCUGCAGGCAGGUGGCCGACGCAGCAUCCACAACGGCAUGCUUCGGUCCAGAUUGCGUCUCAAGGCGAAAAAGAACGAAACGGAGGAAAGGCAACGGCGGGCGCGUGUGCACCACGACUCCACAGUUAAUGGAAAUCCGCGGGCGACGUGGUUGAUUGAAUUCUAUUUCGGGCGAGUGGGAUGGCACUCAACCAGCGUGAGCAAAGGCCCCAGAGUCGAGGAACAGGUUAGUACUCCGUCUACAGUGUAACAGGAGUAAAUGGUAUAUUACGAGCAACAUCUAAAAAGAACGCAGAGCGAGUCAGAGAUUUAGGGUCGCGGGAAUUGCGCCUGCAAGGAACGCCUUGGGCCGCCUGGGCUUCGAAGUGACGAUCCUUGGCGGUCAAAGUUUUUCAUCAGAUGGAUGUGCGACGCGACAAGCUGCGGCAGC